AUGCCAUCGCCGCCGGCGCCCGCGCAUUCAGCGCCACGUCCUCAGGUGGGCGACUUGCUCCUGGUCAUCCAUGACUUCGAGGCCAGAGGCUCCGAUGAGCUUAGCCUGUCCAAGGGUGAUCGAGUCGAGUUGGUGGAGCGCGAUGACGAGUUUGGGGAUGGAUGGUUCAUGGGCAGACAUCUCGCGAACGGCAACACUGGCCUGUUCCCUGAAUUGUACACACGCCCCGCGCAGCCUGCUUUGGCAGCUUCCUCGGCCGCCCCAUCGCCUCUACUUCCUCUCGCAGAGGACCCGUCCGAGAAGCCCACUGCAAUGGUGGACGAUCGCUCGCAACCACCCAAGUCCCCGUCUACCGGACAAGGCGCAUCGCCCUUGACCCUUCCACUAAUGUCAAAUCGACCCGAAGCGAGCGAAACCACAAAGUCCAUCGAUCUACUCGACAAGGCCGACGCUCCGCAAGAUAGCCAAGUCCUGAACGAAACACUCAACGUCAUCAACGAGCACAUCACCAAUUUGAGAUCUCCUGGGAGUAGCAAUGCCCUUCGGACCCCCGGCAUGGAUUCGGGGAGUGAAUACAGCGCUUCGAUUCACCACCGGAUGUCAUACAUCCACGGGGAAGAGACGGACGAGGAAGAACAUGAUACGCACACGCGCGCUGAAGUAGUGGCCUGGUCACCCGAUGAUGUUGCCGAAUUCCUGUUUACUUCCGGCGUGGAGAAACAACAUUGUGAGGUGUUCCGGGAUCAAGAGAUAUCGGGCGAGGUACUUCUCGGUAUGGAUCAAAGCUCACUUUUCAUCAAAGACUUUGACCUUGGCUCCGUUGGGCGCCGCUUGAAGACAUGGCACCGGAUCAAAGAGCUGCAAGAUGAAGUAGGGGACGAGGGCACCCAUACUCGACGCACAACGCAGACGUAUGGAAGUGAUAUUGGGUCUGAGGAUGCGGGGCGGACCCGUGUCAGGACGAGCACUCUCAACUCAGUAUCGAACGCAAACCGUCGACUAUCUUCCAAUAAUGCACCUCCGAUGCUGACACCGAUCUCGAGCAACGGAAACCCCGAUAGUCCGACACGCAUAGGGCAUGUCAAGCGGCCGUCAGCGGCAUCUAUCAGGGAUAUGCACCACUCUCGCCGCCAUUCAUCCACAGACUAUCAGGCAAACGCACCGAGACUCAGCGUCAACGGAACCUUCCCCGGCGCGGAAGGCUCACACAAGAAACAGCCCUCUUUCGACCGGAAUUGGACACUUGGGGCGGCUGGCUCAAGGCCACUCUCCCAAACGGGCAUGCGAAGUGUUGGUGGUCCCAACGAUGGUAAACUGCAGGACUCAGCUGUAGACCUGGAUCGCGGCUACUUCUCGGGUACCGAAGUUGAGGAGCGACCACGCAACUUUCUACGAAAACGCGAUAGCCUUGCACACUCACGCAACUCAAGCUACGCGGAAGAGCAGCGUAUCCGCAGUGCCACCGCUCACACACGCCAUUCGCGGUUCGGGAGUGAUUCGUACCGAGACAGCGCGCCUCAGACUGCGGCCCAAAAGUAUUAUGGCACCCAAGCGGGUCCCCACCGAAGGACAGCCUCGACCAACACAACCGAGUCGCUGCGGCCGCUUCCUCCAGCCAAGGACACUCAGUCUCCCGCUGUUACCAGGUUGGAGUCGACAAGAGGAUCCCGAGGACCGAUACCCCCGGCCAAGGAUGGCGACUGGCUGUCAUCCCUGGCACAGAAGCCAAAAUCGAAAUCCGGGGGCUUUGGCAUCCGUGCCAUCUCUGACAACCUAGGCCUUGACCGGUCGAAAAACAGCACCUCUGGUGAUUCUAAAGACCAGUCAUUGCCAUCGCCAGCUAUGACAGGGUCGAGUACGCCUUCCGGUGGCCCCAGUUUUGACCUGGAGUCGCCUAACACCACCCAAAGCCCCAGUACAGGCGGUGCACCCGUGAGCCGCAACAAGGGCAAGAAAGGCAAGAAGGAGACGAGCGCCUACACAAGGGGCCUGCUCAAUAUCACGCCCAAGGAAGCUAUGCAAGAUGCCGAUUUUAGUGGGUGGAUGCGGAAGAAGAGUUCCAAUCUGAUGACCACCUGGAAGCCGCGCUUUUUCGUACUGAAAGGACGACGUCUGUCAUACUUCUAUUCCGAGGAGGAUGAUUCGGAGAAAGGCCUCAUCGACAUUUCGUUCCACAGAGUUCUGCCAGCCGACAAUGAGAAGCUGACGGGGUUGCACGCAUCCAUUACCGGUGCAGUUGGCGGCCAGAACAGCAGGGAUAAGGAGGGACUCGAGAAAGGCGACGACUCCAUGUUCAUCUUCAAGCUUAUGCCACCGAGGGCUGGGUUAUCAAGAGGAGUCCACUUCACAAAGCCAACCGUCCAUUACUUUGCUGUGCCCAAUCUCAAACAGGGCCGGCUGUGGAUGGCCGCCCUGAUGAAGGCUACGAUUGAUCGGGACGACUCGCAACCCAUUACGACGACGUACCAACAGAAAACCAUUUCGCUCACCAAGGCGAAGCAAAUGCGCUCUCGACCUCCGGCGCUCAUGAACCUGGACGAAGCGGCUGAAGAAGACCAGAGUGCACCGGCGUCAACCACGGCAGCGACAAUGGCCUCGAAGCAAGACUCUCACGGAUUGGGCUCAUUGGGCGGAGCGUUUUCCGCCACGCCAAAACUUACUCUUGGAGAUGGUGGUCAGAACGGCGAUGGUGCGGCAGUUCCUUCACUCCAAAGUACAUAG